AUGUCCUUCAGUGUUGCAUGUGUAUUGUAUCGAUAUCAAUACAACGAAGGCGAUGAAAGUGAAGAGAAAAUUACUAUCGAUUUACGAUUCGAGUUGGCGAGCUUAAAUGGCAAUACGGUGAAAAUUUGUGAUUUUCAGAAUCAAGAAAUUCUUAGAGGUGCCAAAUCAACAGAGUUUGAGUUAGUCAAAAUCGAUGAACUCCAAGAGGAAAUGGAACUAUGGCCUGUAGACACUUUAGUACUCCGCUGCUAUUUGAUAAAAACUCACGAUGUGUUGCCAUUUGUUCCAAGAGGAAAUCAAUAUUCCAGUUGCGAAGCCUUUACUGAAAUUUGUGUGGAUAACUUUAAGCAUAAUUGGAUUAUCAGGAUUCCGGAAUCUUCCGAAUGGUCAAGGAGAAAAGAAAUAAUCUUUCCUGAUAUGCUCCCAGUUGUGCUCAUCUACAAAGUUGUUGGCGAUCAAAUUUACGUCCAAGUUUGCUCAACAGUUAAGUACAAAUACUCACGCUUUAUUUCUUGCAUCGUAACUUUCUUAGAUUCAAAAGGAAGAGAACUUUUAAGUAAAACUNGUGUAUACAGCAUCUUACGUUUGCAGAACCACCUAAAGAAUAUGUUUGCAGAUUCUAAAUUUACUGAUGUAAAUUUAAAAGCAGAUGAUGAAGUAAUUCCGGCCCACAAGGCACUUCUAGCAGCUAGAUCGCCUGUUUUCUGUGCUAUGUUUGAGCAAGACAUGCUCGAAAGCAAGACCGGUAUUGUUGAAAUGCCCGACGUGGAACCCAUAACUCUGAAAUUAUUUCUGGAGUACUUAUAUACUGGAACAGUUAAUGAAAUGGAUGACGAAAAUGCUAUAAAUCUUAUGGUUAUUUCUGAUAAAUAUGAAGUUCUUUCUCUGAAAGAAAUGUGUUCCGGUUACCUGGGAUCUGUCAUGUCACUUAAUAAUGUGUGUAAUGUGCUAUAUGUGGCUGACCUGGUGAAUGAUGCCACCUUAAAAUCUGCUGCCACUGAUUACAUUGUAAGACACUCUCUUAAAAUUUUACCUUCACCAGAAUGGUCCACAUGGGUUGAGAAUAAUGUAAAACUUGCCACUGAACUGUUUCUUAAAUUGUCUCAAAAGCUUAAUGUUGAGUCAAAGAGUUUAUUUAGUAGAUAAUUAAUAAUUGUCCUUUAAAGAACUUUAAAACGUUUGGUGUAA